UCAUUUGAUUUCUGAUUUGAGCAUGCAAUAAAGUUAAAAUUCUUAGAUUAAAGACUCCUCAACAUCUACAAUUAUAUUCCUUCUGAAAAAACAUCUACAAUUUUAACUCCUUACUCAUUUUUAUAUUUAAAAUUCUCCAUGAAAUCUUAGUUCGAGCUCUAUUACACUUUGUCCCACCUUUAGUAUACUGAGGUCACGCUGAGCUCCACCUUCAACAUCUCUAACUCAGCCGAGACAUUAAGGUCACGCUGAGCUCCACCUUUAACAUGUCCAGCUCAGUUGGGUCAUCCAGGUCACACUGAGCUCCACCCUAAACAUGCAAAACCUUAUAUAUAUAUAUAUAUAUAUUGCCCAACACACUACAUUUAGUUUUCUGAAAUUUCCAAGCUACCUCGUCAUGAUAAUGACAAAAUAUUCAAUUGGCUCAAUUCUCAUAUUUUUCUUUGUUAUGUUCAAUACAGGAGGGUGGAAUUCAAAAUUUGGUAUUGGAAACGUUAAUCCAAAUAGUUGGUGUAUAGCAAAACCUUCUGCAAGUCUAGAAGAGUUGAAUUACAACCUUAUACAUGCUUGUAUUACCCAUAGUUGCACAAUAAUUGAAAAAGGGGGAGAUUGUUAUGAACCAAACACAUUAUACAAUCAUGCCUCGUAUGUCAUGAAUAUGUUCUAUGCAAAUCAUGGAAAAGAUGAAUUCUUCUGUAAUAGGUUUUUCGGUUACUCUGCUCUCAUUGUUCUCACCGAUCCAAGUUAUGAAAAAUGCAAGUUUGAUUAGUGGAAGUGCUCUAGUUUAUAUAUAUAUAUAUAUAUAUAUAUAUAUAUAUAUAUAUAUAUAUAUAUAUAUAUAU